AUGACAAUCUCCAAUUCAAAUUUAUUCAAACCAAUUAAAGUCGGCAAUAAAACUAUCAAGAAUAGAAUUGCUCAUUUGCCAACCACUAGAAAUCGUGCUACUGAUGAUCAUGUACCCACUGAUUUAAUGAAAAAAUACUACACAGACCGUGCUAAAAGUGGAUCUUUAUUAAUCACCGAAGCCACUUUAAUCUCAUUAGAUCAAGGUGUUUACCCUAAUGUUCCUGGUAUGUGGAAUAAACAACAAAAGGAUGCUUGGAAAGAAAUCACCGACUCAGUUCAUUCUAUUGGUGGCACCAUAGCUAUCCAGUUAUGGGCUUUAGGUAGAGUUGGUAAUGCCAAAUUGUUGAAAGAUGAAGGAUUACCAUUAACUGGAGUCAGUCCUAUUUAUGAACACGAAAAGGCUGAACAAGAUGCAAUUGAUGCAGGCAACCCAAUUCAAGAAUUGACUCAAGAUCAAAUCAAAGAUAUUGUUUAUAAUCAGUUUGCCAACGCAGUCAAAUUAGCUGAUGAAGCAGGUUUUGAUUUUAUUGAAUUGCACGGUGCCAAUAGUUAUUUGUUUGAGCAAUUCAUUCAUCCUGGAACCAAUAAGAGAACUGAUAAAUACGGGGGAUCAAUUGAAAAUAGAGCCAGAUUUUUAUUUGAAGUUGUUGAUCAUGUAUCCACAAUUGUUGAUCCUGCUAAAUUGGCAAUCAGAUUAUCACCUUUAAACAAUUUUCAGGUUCCAUUUGUAAACCCAGAAGGACAAGAAGAUUAUUCUUACAUCGUUGAAGGUUUACAGAAGAGAGCAGAUGAAGGUAAAGGUCUUGCAUUCAUUGAUGUUGUUGAAGGACGAUUCACAUCUGAUGGAGGUACUGAAGGUUGUAAUGUAGAUUUUGUUGGUGAAAUUUGGAAAGGUCCAUUGUUAAAAGGAGGCAAUUAUACUUAUGAUAGAAAGAACGAGUGGAAAACAAUUGAAAACGAUGCCAAUGCAGAUGAUAGAACGUUGGUUGGCUUUGGCAGAUAUUUCAUUGCUAACCCAGAUUUACCUGCUAGAAUCCAAAAGGGCAAUGAAUUGAAUGAUUAUGAUAGAUCAACAUUCUACAAUACUGAUGAUUAUGGUUAUAAUACCUAUCCAUUUUAUGGAGAGGAAAAUAAGGCUGACCCUAAUAUUAAAGUAUUAGGCGUGGCUUUAGCUUAG